AUGGCGCGCGAGGCGGCCCUGUGGCUUCUCCUGCUCUUGUCUGCUCACCUGCUCCUCCGACGUGCUUCGGCGAUCCAUCGCGGCCAGUUCCCUCCUCCAACGAGCUUCCUGUUUGGGACAUCCACCGCUGCCUACCAGAUUGAAGGUGGAUAUUUGGAGGGUAAGAAAAGCCUAAGUAAUUGGGAUGUCUACACCCACAAGCAAGGCACAAUUGAGGAUGGAAGCAAUGGUGAUAUUGCUGCUGAUCACUACCAUCGUUACAUGGAAGACAUCGAGUUGAUGCAUUCCUUGGGAGUGAACUCAUAUAGAUUCUCCAUAGCAUGGGCACGAAUUCUACCAAGAGGCCGAUUUGGACAUGUAAAUCCAGAUGGUGUAGCAUUCUACAAUGCCAUCAUCAAUGCUCUUCUGCACAAAGGCAUACAACCAUUUGUUACGAUAUUUCAUUACGACAUUCCACAUGAGCUUGAAGAGCGAUAUGGUGGAUGGUUGAGUCCAGAAAUCCAGAAGGACUUUGGUUACUUUGCAAACAUAUGCUUCAGGUUGUUUGGCGAUCGAGUGAAAUUCUGGCUUACAAUGAAUCAGCCUAACUUAUUGGCAAAAUUUUCUUAUUUGAAUGGAUGGUUCCCUCCUGGUCAUUGUUCGGAGCCGUUUGGGAAUUGUGCCUUUGGAAAUUCUUCAAUAGAGCCAUACAUAGCAGGUCACAAUAUGAUACUUUCACACGCAAACGUUGUGAGCAUUUACAGAAAUAACUAUCAGGAGAGACAAGGUGGAUAUAUUGGAAUUGCUGUCAGCGCAAGAUGGUAUGAACCAUUGCGAAAUACCACAAUCGACCAACUAGCAGUUGAACGGGCUAUAUCUUUCAAUGUUCCAUGGUUUCUGGACCCUAUAAUUCUUGGUGAUUAUCCUGCAGAGAUGCGCAAAAUCUUGGGUCCAACCCUACCUGAGUUCACAUUAAAGCAGAAGAAGAAACUACAUGCAACCAAACUGGAUUUUAUUGGACUAAAUCAUUAUUCGACAUGGUAUGUGAAGGACUGCAUCUUUUCACCAUGUGAAAUGGAUCCUAUGGAUGGGGAUGCGCGAGUGUUAAGUUUAGUAGAACGAGAUGGGGUGCCUAUCGGUAAAGAGACAGGAGCACCAUUCUUCUAUGAUGUUCCACAUGGGAUGGAAAAGGCGGUCAUGUAUUACAAACAAAGAUACAACAACACCCCAACAUAUAUUACAGAAAACGGUUAUGCUCAAGCAAGCAAUAGCAGCAUGACUGCUAAGGAUUUUACCGGUGACACAGAAAGAAUUGAUUACAUCAGUGGCUACCUCACUUAUUUAGUCUCGGCAAUAAGGAAAGGAGCUGACGUACGUGGUUACUUUGUGUGGUCUAUCCUUGACGACUUCGAGUGGACUUCAGGAUACAAGGACAGAUUCGGGCUCUACCAUGUCGACUUUAAGACGCAGAAGAGGACGCCGAAAUUAUCAGCUGAAUGGUUCAGGGAGUUCCUCAAAGGUUCACUUGUGUCGAGAGAGUUUCAAAAUGGAUCCCAGCUGCAGCAGUACUAUACUUCCUGA